AUGGAACUGCCCCCCCCCUACCUCAAGGAACUCCUCACCCCUCAUACUUCCUUGCGGACCUCCCGCUCCAGCAAAACCAACCUCCUCAAACCCCCCAGGACCAAGCUCCGUACUAUGGGAGACUGGGCUUUCUGCUCGGCUGCCCCCAGUCUGUGGAACGCUCUCCCCGAGCACAUGAGAGCACCACAGACCGUGGAGGCCUUUAAAAAAGAGCUGACAUUUGCGUGGAUCUUCAAUGAAUACCCGUACUUUGUCCAGCAAGACAGCAGGCGAUUCAUCUCUCAAGAGACCGGGAGUCUGUACAUCGCUAAAGUGGAGACCUCAGAUGUUGGCAAUUACACCUGUGUGGUUAACAACACCGUCUCGAAGGAGAAGGUGCUCAGCUCUCCAACACCACUGGUCCUCAGAAGUGAUGGAGUAAUGGGCGAAUAUGAACCCAAAAUAGAAGUUCAUUUCCCUGAUUCGGUUCCAGCUGCGAAGGAAUCGGUGGUGAAACUAGAAUGCUUCGCUCUGGGAAACCCUGUCCCAGAAAUAAGCUGGAGGAGAACCAGCGGCAUCCCUUUCCCCAGCAAAGUGAAAAUGAAGAAUUCAAACGCCGUCCUUGAAAUCCCCAAUUUACAGCAGGAAGACGCUGGGACGUACGAAUGUAUGGCAGAGAAUCGGCGAGGCAAAAACGCUGCACGGGGUCGGAUCUCAUUCCAUGCUAAACCUCACUGGCUCCAGACAAUGACGGACACAGCUCUGUCCAUCAAAGAAAACCUCUUUUGGGAGUGCAAGGCAAAUGGAAAGCCCAAACCGUCCUACAGCUGGCUGAAGAAUGGGGAGCAAGUGAUGGCUGAGGUAUGGAGAUAUGAGACUAUUAUACAAAUUGGUGCUGACAUCAGUGACGGUUUCAUCCGUCUGAGCGCCAUCAGCAAGUCAAACCCAUCGCAGCACACGCCUCUGUCCGGCAACGUCAGUCUUCCCUGGAGCUUGCCUGAGGAAGUCAACGGGAACAUGCUGACGGCCACGGUGUCCGGUCUGAACGCCUGGGUGGAGUAUGAGUUCAGGGUAGUGACUCGCAAUACCGUGGGCCUCGGAGAGCCUAGUCCAGCCUCGGCCAUGACCAGGACAGAGGAUACCAUUCCUGAUACAGCUCCCACUGACGUCGGAGGUGGAGGCGGCACAAAGUCUGAAUUAGUGAUAACAUGGGAGCCUGUUCCCGAGGAGCUGCAGAACGGAGAGGGCUUUGGGUACAUCAUCGCCUUCAGACCCGUGGGCACAGUCACGUGGACCCGGGCGCUGAUCUCCACUCCCGGCGUGUAUCGUUACGACUUCCGCAACGACACCAUCCCAGCGUUCUCGCCAUUUGACGUGAAAGUGGGGGCGUUCAACAACCGAGGGGAGGGGCCCUUCAGCUCUAUCGCCACCGUGUUCUCGGCAGAGGAAGUCCCCGGUGUGUCUCCUAAGAGGGUAAGGACCAGGAUUGUGUCUGCGGUGCAAAUUGAAGUGAUCUGGGAAGCACUUCCUGCGAUAUCGGAAAGAGUGCUCGGAUAUGAGGUCAUGUACUGGGAAGACGACACCAAGCCUGACACUAUUGGCAAAGUGCGCAUAUCUGGAAACUACACGCUGGUUAACAUUACGGGGCUGAAAGGAAACACAGUCUACUACCUCUGUGUGGCUGCAUUCAAUACGGGCGGCCCUGGCCCACAGUCUGCAUCCAUCAACACCACCACAAAGAAACCACCUCCAGAUCGGGCUCCACUCAACAUACAAUGGACCAUGAUUGGCUCCACACUUACGAUGCACUGGGAUCCUGUCGUUGCUUUUGAGACAGAGUCAAAGGUCACUGGAUACUUGGUCGUGCUGAAAAGACAUCGCAACAAUGACAUCAGCACUAUCUCCACCAACAAGACCACCGUGGAGCUCAGCCUCUCAUCCUAUGACAACUAUCUCAUUCAGAUCAAGACCAUGAGUGAGGGCGGUGAAGGUGUGGGCAGCGAACCUAUCCACAUCCAUAAAUUAAGUGAGUUGACUGAUGUGUUCCUCUAUUUCACAUCAUUUCCCUUUUGA